AUGCUUUCGCUGUCAGCAAGGAUUUCCUCUCCCUCUAUUUCCGUCUUUCCUCUCUUUCUUCUCUCUUUCUCUCUUUCCCGUCCCAUGUCCCGUCAGUAUCACGGAUUGAAAUUUUGAUUCACCGUCAUUUUGAUGGAGCAACGUUUCUUUAAACACACCUCUGUUACACCUGCUAUAUUCAAAAUAACAAAUGUGUACGCGCGAAAAAAGAAAUUGUAAUUGUAGGGAAGGCGCAGCGCAAAGGAUCCUCGCAUCUGGGGGGGUAUAUCCGAGAAAGAGGGAAGAGGGAGGAGCGCGAUCCGCGUUUGUUCGCGGCGUCUCGCGUGUUUCUCGCCCACGUCCGCGAGAGUGCAAAUGGUUGGCGUGAUCGCGCUAAAGCAAGGAGAUCGAACCUGGUGUCAAUAUGCUGGAGGUAUCGCAGAAGAUUUAUUCCGGAGAUGUGCACGAUGCGGAGUACAAUCAUUGGGACUAUGACUUAACGAGUCGCAGCGCAAAAAAAAAUAUGAAUACCGAAGACGAGGAGAGUCAAGAUUUAAAUAAUUCUAUGGUCAAUGACUUGGUGUCGAAGAUUCUUGAUGAGGAUUCCAUUAUCGUCGACAGUUACGGCCGUGGUUACAACAGUGGAAAUUAUCGAGCCGAGUUUACCAAUUCUCGCCCGAAUCAGAUGCGAAACAGCACGGACAACUACUUGACUGACGUAAAUCAUUUGGGAGUUUGUUAUUCUUGUGGCAAGUUGACCAAUAAUGUAUAUAACAAUGCCAAGAACGAUUAUCAUCGUUCGAACAAUCUCUAUAAUGGUUUGAAAACACUGAGUCUCGACGAGUGCGCGGGACAACAGUCCGUGGAGCACGGUAACAUGUGCGGCAAUGAAAUCGUCAUGUCAAACGCCGCAACGUAUUUAUCGGAUCCUCGGCCGCACGUUGCGCACUCCAACGAUCAAAGUAUGUACACGAGUGGAAACAACGUAUCGUACAACGAUCUGUUGACGACCACCGAUGGAGCGAAUUACAGCAAACGAUCGUGCAACUGGAUGGAACCCUUGUCAACUUCUUCCAUGGGAUGCAGAACCGAACCUAUCCAAAGAAAUUAUCCAAGAAUCUCAAAUUGCAUGAAAGCAGAUCUGAAUUUUAACAUGACCGCGUUAACCUUGGCGUUGGACUCGCCAAAUUCGGUUGCGGUUAACGAUUUCGAAUACCACAGCGGUAUGAAAGCAUCGUCCAAUUGCUAUGGUAACAGCAUGCCCGUGAACAUGUACGGCGUUAGUGGCCAGGGUCCCGGAUACAGACCUAAUUCAGCGAUGACCGAUCUGAGCGUCGAUUCCGGUUUCCUGUCCAAUUCGUCCCUGCAGCAUUUCUCGCCGGGCGACACGACUUUGCACUCUUGUUUCCCAAGUGGCAUACAACGUAACGGCAUCGGUGACUUUCAUGAUACCAGCAAGUUAAGUAUGACCGGUAUCGGCAUGCCUAACGAGCAGAUACAAUUCUUGCAACCACAAGCUCAUACAAACGCAUACAAAUUGGAUCAAGCCGUGGACCAAGAUUACAAGAACCUAAUCGAUUAUUUGUACCCCUCUGGUACAAAUAAUUUUGUCACCUCCUCCGCGAGUAGUCUAGACACAAACGAGAACGUUUGUCUCCCUAGUAGCUUAUUGAAGGUGAUUAGUCCGAAAUCAAAGUCCGUCGAGACGAAACCGUAUUCACCCAUAGAAUUCCCAAAGAAUUACAGCUCGCGUAACUUGUAUCAGCCUAUCGCCAAACAUGGCUGUCACAGUUAUCAACAGUACACUGCCAGCAGUGGCGACACUUUGAAGAUACUGCAGCAGGAUUCCACGUUUUAUCAGAAUGAGCUGAAGCAACCUAAACUCAACGCGUACAACAAGCUCGACAAGUUUGAUUUGCCUAAAGAAAUAGCUUUCCCUCGUGGAACUCAUUUGGCCGAUCGUAUCGCCGGAUCGACGCUGGACAAGGAUAUUAUGAAACAACGACAUCACGUAUCAAAAAUACAGAGCAUUUCCGCUGGAAUCCCGCCGCCUCCCGAUAUUUUUAAUUCUGGAAUUAUAUCAGGCACAAGUACCGUAAGAUCGGGAGCAUUCCCAUCGAUGAUGCCAGUUGCUGUUCCUGUGCCGGCACAUCCCGUGCCGCGACUCUCCACUCUUUAUGGAGGCAAUUUGAGUUUUAGAAACGGCGGGAACGGUGGCGCAGCUAAGAAGACUGGUCCUUCGAGUAUAUUGCAUUUCAAUCUCGAGCAAACGUACGAGCAAUUUAAGCAGUUGGAAAAGGAACGCAAAAAAUGCGAGGCCGGAUUGGCCGCGCAUUUCCCGGGAAAACGAGUAACCAGCGCGAACAACAUACCUAUCCCGCGUCUUCAGGGAAACCCGUCAAGAGUGGACCGUUUGAUCAUCGACUAUUUGAGAGAACACGCUCGUGUCAUCACGUUGAUAGCGAAGAUGGAACGUUUACGGGGGACCACGAUGAAUAAACGCGUGCAUAAAGCCAUGGAACAUUGGUUGGAAGCUAUCAAGUACGUUCAAGAGUGUCGUAAACAGGAGAUUACGAAUGCUAUCAAACGUCAGAAAGAAAAUCCACAUUGUAUCUUAGCAUACGACGACAACGGUAAAAACAAUGAGAGAUAUAACAUUUCUAAAUCGCACAUGUACGCAGAUAUUCUGACUCUGGCUGGAAGCGUCCAGGAACUGACGAAGGCGUCGCGGUACGCGCGGACGGGUAUGUAUAACGCGCUCCAAGCGACGUUACUCUAUGAUCUGGAUAUAGAGAAGAAAGUGGUGGAGAUCUCGCAGGAUCCGAUUCUCAAGGCAAAGGCUCGUAACAAAGGUCAAACGAAAAAUGGAAGCAACAAUUACACAAGCAAUACCUAACAAAUUUGCGCUGGAUCCACUUGGUAUCGCUCGUCUUGAAGUAAUUAAAUCGAGUCCAGCAGCUUUUUACUUACGUACGGUAUUACGGUUUUGAAAAGAUUUUGCUGGCAUUGAGGAUUAUUUUACUGACGAUCAUAGAAACCAGAUGCCGCCCAUUAUAUUCAAAACUUUCACUCGCGAUAACGUACGAGAACGUUGGGACGCGCGCGCGCGCGCGCAACGUUUUACAGGCUAUUGAUAACUCUAUAGUUUUCUACUCUACGUAUAUUUAAUGCUUACGACAGUGUGUGUAAUCGACUUGGCUUUUUGAGGACACCGAUUUAGACGCGAGGGAGUCUCGUUAAGAGACUUGUCACUCUUUUCCUUCGACACCAAAUACCAGUACACCACCGGAGACGGCAAUAUCUGUUGCGUUUCAACUGGUGAGAACGGCCGUAUAGGCUACUUCUCGUUCGAUCGUUGACAAUUCGCGUAACUUGCAACGAGAAUAAGAUUGCUCAGAUUCUAGAGGCUGUAAUACAUCUGUAUUACAGCCUCUAGAAAAAGUACCGUUCCUCCUAUGAUUAUUAUAUAUAGUUUAUAUAAUCUGUCUCAAGUUAAACGGAAUAGAUAGGAGUGAAAAACGCCGAUGUAUUCAUUCAGAAUGUUCAGCAGCAAUUCCUUAGAUUAGCUCAAUGCGGCCUUCCUUGAAUGUGUGACCCGUAACAUGAUAGCGGAUGUUCUAGAAUUUGAAUAUUUCAAGUCAAGCGUGAUACCAAUUCGCAUGCAACACGAGCUUCUCUAGUACAUACUUUUGUGCAUGUACAUGUUCAUAUAUGUCCACAUGCGUGCGUUCAUGCACAUAUACAUGCGUGUGUCACUUCAUCCGCGCGUACUUACACGUAUCAAAAUUGUUUCUAGUGUACUGUUGUCAUACUUUUGUUGUACUGAUGUUGUGUACUGAUAUAUUGUUCCGGAUGUAUUCUUAUUGUGUGGAAAAAAAAAAAACACAAAAAUAAGAAAGAGAUAUAUAUAUAUAUAUACAUAUACAUAUACAUAUAUGUAUACAUAUACAUAUACAUAUACAUACACAUAUACAUAUACAUACACGACGCGCACAUAUACGCUAGAUAAACUGCUACAUUUACAAGCGGACGCACAACGACAUUAUCGUACAUACAUGGAAGUAUUUAGAAGCCAGUUUCGUAACAUGCAUGCAUGCAUACACAUAGACGUGUGUGUAGGUAUGCAUAUAGUAUAUACACGUGUAUACGUCGUGUAUGCAUAUAUAUACAGUGUUGAUUCAUGUUGCUGUGUUCCUUUCGCUUUGUGAAUUGUUUGUUGUUAAUUCGUCACAUCGUACGAUAUACGAAAUGUGAUAAGAAAUACGCGUUAAUGUCCGUUACGAGAGCAUGGUCAAACCAGCAAAUUCUAUAUAGCAAUACGUCGUGAAUCAAAUGGUCACAAAUUAUUCCGACUGGUGUUAAUUAGCAAAAGACGAGACGCUGCAAUGCCUAAUAUUCAAUCAUAUGGAACAAUAACUGAAAUGAAUGAUUUCUCGCGCACUUUGCGAUCCGAUACGAAAACGGUAACGGUAACGGUAACGGUAUCGUAGAUAACGAUUGCAGAGUAUUAUCUUUUUAAAUCGCCUUAAAUUGUUUCCCUUACCUUUUAAAGAUACCUUUUAAAACGGGCUUAAGGCAGUUUAAAAGUAAGCUCUCUAAUUGCAUCCGCUACAUAAGCCCGUGGAUUUCUUCGUCAUCUUUAAUGCCGUAUGUUCGAUUACUCAAUUUUUAUAUCCAUUCUCUCUCAUAUCAUUUUUGGCGAAAAAACGAAGCGCAACUCACAAUGUCGGAAGAAUGUAUCGCGUAUCGUACAUGCGCAUCUGUUACAAACGUCCAAACAUAACUUUUACAUAACGCUGCAUUGUGUGCUAAGAAUAUUAAAAUGGCAGCAUAGAUAUGUGUUUGACAAUCUCAUUACAUAGACUGCGAUAUUAUCGAGAAUUCGUGCACAUGCGAAUGCACAUACGCAACGUGCCCGCACGUUAAUCCUGCACACAUAUCAAUAUUUAUUAAUAUUGAGACUAGGAUGAUCAAGCGCAUCAUGGCUAGAAAGCAAAAGCUUUAAAACAAGUCAAGUAUUCGAAAACGAGAGAAAGAAGCAAAUUGAUAAUUUGUAAAAUAAAUUUCAAGCAUAGGACCACAGAUCUCUGAAACUACUGAAAUUUGCAGAUAUGUAAAACAGAGCUUUCUUACGAUAUAAAAUUUUGCGUGUUUCGCGUGCAUUAAUCCACAUCGAAACGUAAUUAUCUUUUCGUUUUUUUAAGUCAUCAGGUCAUAUUGAUUAUUCUUCGAAUAAUGAGUGCAAUAUAUAGUUUAUAUACGGCUGCCUUUGACCAGCGGCAUUUUUUUCAUUUUGCUAUAAACAUGAUAUUCAUAUUUGAUUCAUAUUUUUCACGUACAAGUUUUCGAAUAACAAGUAACUCGAAAUAUUAAUUCUUCUAACGCUAGAUUUCGGAGUUGUAUACUGAAACUGACUUGUUGCCAAUUCUGGUUUGACUGAUUUACUAAUUAACUAAUAUUGAUGCAUAGGAAAGUUGAUUUUACAGUAGGAGGUGAUUUGGAGUCAAUCAAGGCAAUCUGAAAUAAUGUUUCUGAAACUCGUGCUUAAAGACAGUUGUCCCUUCUGUGUGCGUCGACGUGUAUUAGAAAUUAACUGUGUGGAAUGUCAUUGUUGUGAUGACCGAUAAUACGAUAAAAGUACGAUAAAUGUUCUUGAGCAUCUUAUUAUCAUAUUGUAUCAUUAAUGUUAUUGUUUGUUACGUGUGUCAUGUCAUAAAAAGUAGAUUAAUGUUAUUGUUUGUUACGUGUGUCAUGUCAUAAAAAGUAGAUUAAUGUUAUUGUUUGUUACGUGUGUCAUGUCAUAAAAAGUAGAUUAAUGUUAUUGUUUGUUACGUGUGUCAUGUCAUAAAAAGUAGAUUAAUGUUAUUGUUUGUUACGUGUGUCAUGUCAUAAAAAGUAGAUUAUAUACGCACACUAUUUUUCAAUAUUUUUUCAAUGUAGAAUUUUGGAGAAACUAAACGCGCAAACAAAGAUUGUCUUUUUAUAGUAUUCGGCGUAAAGAAAAUGUUUUGUACCUAUUGCAUCAAUCUAAUAAUUACUUUGCAUCCAAAAUGAGUUGUGGGACUCUUGACAAUUUGUUAAAGUUGUUCAACGAGAAAGGAAAUGCCGCGCCGUUCGUUAAGGACACGCGUUGCAUGCCGUUUGCGUAUGUGUACGCGUAUGUACGUUUAUACGUAUGUAUGUAUAUAUGCGCCGCACGUCGCAUAGAGCAGUAUGAGUAUUAAGUGUGCCGCGUACGUAUAUGUAAAUAAAACCGCCAUAUUGUAAUAAUAUGACCGUAUAAUAUGAUGUGACAGAAUACGACGGAAACUGACCAAUGUUCUAAGCGCGAGACUGUUAAACUAUUAUUACUAUACUAUACUAUAUGUAUUACUAUACUAUAUGUAUUAGAAACACAAGUUUACACGCAUAUACACACAGAGCAUAUAUGCAUAUAUGCAUACAACAGUCAAACCAAGUCUGAAUUCUCAAGUCUGAUUACGACGCGUGAGAUACCGCAAAUUGUUACUUAGAAAUUGCAGGAAGGAUAAUCGAUCUCUCUCCGAUAGUAGUACCUUCUUCGAUCAUGGAGCGUCGUAAUUUUUUCCUGCGAAAUGUUGCUUUUAAUUAUUUACAUUCGUUAUACUUCAACUUACGGACAGAACGUUUGACUGUGUGUGCAUACGUUGUCGUAUAAACGAACCUUUCGGUGGUGCAUCCUUCAAGUAUAACUUCGUGAUAACGGAUUUCGGAAUUACAUACUGAAAUUCGUGUUUUUCAUCAUGAAUCACGAGUUUGCUCCAUCAUUUAAAUGCCGUGAAAGUAUUUCCAAAUGGCUUCAAAUUAAUGUUUAAUCGAUGGUGAUGUUCGCAGUCGAUAUGUAUUCGAAGCUAUCAAAACGCAUAGUCAACUCGUAAUAGUCUUUUUAAUUAGCUUUUUUUCUCGGCGUCUCUCUUACUUGAAGAGGCCAGUCACGAGUAACUAUGAUGUUUAUAAUCGCUGUUUAUGGCUUGCAAUCUGCAAGUUAGGGAAGUAUCUACAUUAAUGAUUAUUGAUUGACACGAUUACUUUGUUACAACAAGUCCCAAGAACUUUUCUAGACGAUCGGUAUUAUACGUCGAAAACGGGUAUAUUAACCGAUAUUUAAAAUUAUAAUGCGUUUGUUAUUAUUUUUCUAUUUUUAUAAAUUACGUUUUCUUUUUUUUUUUAAAUCAGUCAGGCUACAAUUCUAUGUAAGCGUUAUGUGACUCGAUAGUUGAGUUAGUUAAGUUAGUAGUUAUUUAAUUUUCUACGCGUACAAUUGUUCCUAUAGAAAGUAUAGAGAAAUUUUGUCGCGUUAAACUCGUUCUUGACUAGUCAAGAUUAUUAACAAAAUAUGUAGUAGUAUUAUUUUAUGCAUUAAUGCUGCGAUAUUGUAUCCGAUACCAUAAUUUACUUGUAAGUGGAGAGAGGAAGAGAGAUGAUAUCAGAAAGGGUUUAUGUUACGUUAUACACACACAAAGCAAAACUAAUUACAAGAUAAAACUUGACAAUCUAACAUUGUUAAACUGUAUAAAACAUUUUGUUUUAGAUUCUCUCCUACUGAUGAAUCUCAUCUGUUAUGUGCAAAUUUUUGUAUACAAAUCGCUGAGCGAAUAUACCAAGAAAAUGGAAUUUCUUGGAUAAAGGUAGAAAACGGUAGAUAAUUCUUUCCCUCUCUCACACACACUUUACGAUCUGCAUUUGAAGAAAAAACAUCGAGAUACGGCCUGUAAAGAGACGCGCAAGUUCCGUCGUUAGCCAAUUAUCGCUUAUUUUUCUGACUUCCUCAAAAAUCACAUGGGAAUAGUACGUUAGAUAGACCAUAAUAAAUCGUUCAUCAGGCGUUAUAUCGACGACCGUAGAUUACGAUUAAUGUGAUUAUAUACAUAUAGCGCAAACAGGCUCAGAUCAUAAAGCUUCCUAAUCACGCGAUGACGUUGACGGCUCAACGAACUCGAAAUUUGGCGUCACGUACACUCCUACCACGAACGAACGUUUCUUCCCGCGGUGCUGUUUGUUCUUUCUCGUUUAUCGUCUCAUUGUGUAGCUUUUAAGCAUCAGGGAUUGAAACCGAAGGAAGCUGCUUUCCAGCAAGGGACGUCGACGAUGGCCGGUACUUGUAAUCCAUUCUUAUAACCGUUUUAAAUAUAUCGACUUGAAAUACUAAUAAAUUUUCUUUAUUGACUAAUAAAUAUCUUUAAAUUACGUUAUAAUAAUAUAACAACAGCAAUAUAUAUAACAACAGCAAUAAAUGUAUAAAACGAUCUUUCACUAUAAGAAUGGGGAUUACAAAUACCGGAUCUUUGUGUCGCAUUGUGUCGCAUUGUGUCUCUUUUGUUAGAAAACUGCCGAAUUGUAAUUUCGUUGAAUUUAGGACGCCUGAGCGCACGAUAGCGAUCCUUGAUAACGAGAGUUUAUUCAUAGAAAUUGAAAAAAUGAAAUGCGACAAGGUAAAUUGGCACGAGAUGAUGAUUCUUCAUGUACCUGUAUCAGUACCUAUGGUAUAUCAGAAACUCAAUUCAUCGAGAUUACGUCGGUUUUCAUUGUUCGAUGUAUAAUAACUUAAUCAGAGUCGAUAAUCGAACAAGCAGCCUAAUCUAUAUACGUGAUACGAAACGAAGACGUCUGUCACUCGACCAGACGGUCUAUCUUAUUACGUAAUUAAUGAUGAAUGGUGCAUAGUCUGACCGGUACUCGUAAGACAUCGCCACUUCUAUCACGCGUGACAUACCGUCUUAUGGGUAAACGAUAGGUACGCGCUUCUGUCUCUGCGUGCGGCAAAAAUAAAAAUACGCGCGUGGAUGUCGUCCGCUGGUCGAUUUAUCUCGAAGAGAUGUUCUAGAAGCGAUAUUCAUAAGCGUAUACGUUUACACGUUAAAAUUCGCGCUCGUAUUCCGCGACGUUGCUACUUGUAAUUAUCAUAACAGCGUGUUAAGCGUUAAAUCCUCAAACUCGUCGAUGGAUCGCCGUAUUUUCGUUCGUUGAGGAUAAUUUGUAUAGAUCCCUUUUUGUAUCAACCAAAAUCAAUUUUCAAACGCGUUACAUUAAAACAUUACUACUUGUAAUAGGAUUCUUGUCUUUGAAAAUUCAUAUGACAGUACUAAUAUUAGACGCGUUUAUGAUCACUCUUAUUACCUACCUUUCUUAUUUAAACAAAACUAAAUUUGAAAUUUAAAACUGAUCAAUGUUACUUUAUCUAAUAUUAAGAGCGUUGCUAUAACUAUAAACUAUAUACAUAUAUAACUAAUAUCCUUAAUUUUGAAGCAAAUGAAAAUUAUUCUUUCACGUUGUCUCAAACGAACACGAGAGAUUAAUUGAAAUUUUUACAUGAAAUCUUUAAUACUGUCGAUUGAAUUCACGAAAAUGAUCACGAUUAAAUUUCUUUGUAAUAUAUCUGCAAAUUGAUUUUCUCCGUACAUGUUGUAUUUUGAAUUGACGAUAAAUUGUAAAUUUGUCAGACCCAAUGUCUUCCAUCAAACUGAAACUCGUCAGAAUAAUCUGUUAUGAUACAUUUUGCAAAAAUGUUGCACGAACAAGACGCGACAUUGAUGCUUUCUUCGCUCGCUUCGUAAAAUCGUAUCUAAUGAAGAAGACAAUGGUGUUACUGCUGCUUCUUUGAUGGGCAUUCGAGAUAACGAAUAAAAAAGAAAAGGAAAAAAGAUAAGGAACGGCAUAAUCACAUCGACGAGAUCAAAUGGAGGGUAUUCGGUUUGCGGACCAUUAAAAAAAGAGAUACUGUACAACGAUUACGCUACAAUAAUGUUUAAUGUAUCUAGAUGGGAAGGCAGGGGCGGCGGGGCGCGCGCAAUCUCUCGUGCAUGCGAGCUAUAGAUGUGAUGUACGCACAGUACCGCGUACGAUAAUAUUCAAAUCGAUUCAUUUGUCAAGUCAAUCUUUGAUAUCUCAACCAUUCUGAUAGCGACUAUGCAUAUCAAUAAGUAUAUUUAUUUCGUUCGUAUCACUUUCACUUAUCUUUUCGCAACUAUAAUGAAAGAUCGAGUAUUAGGAGAAAAAUGCGAGAGAACGUAGAUUGAAAGAAGCAACUCCUAUCUUGUCUAAGGCUUCAACGCAUUAUUUAAUUGGUGGGGUUAAUUAUUUUUUCAAAUAUUCGCCACACCGAAUGCUGUGCAAAUCGAUGCGUGUACAUGAUUUCCAAAAUUCUGAUCGUUCUGCGUGUUGUUUCGUUUCCUCGCGUUUACACACGACAGGUGUGAUCGGUAUAUAUCGAUAGCCAAUAGUAAUAACUGAGAUAUAGAAAAAGAAUAUGUUCUCUUUAAUGGUGGUCUUUGUAGCUUGCAUUGUUUAACACAAACUGAGAGUGCGUUACAAUUUCAGAAAAUCUGAUUUCCAAUGUUUCAUAACUUUUUUCUAAAAAUCAAAAUUUUUGUGAUGUUUUAAUUGCUAUAAAAUGUAACAUUUAAUACGAAUCAGCUGAACUCUAAAAACGAAAUGUAGUGAUUUUUCAUAACUUCGAUGCUUCUAGGCUGUGAUUUGUAACUGAGAGAUUUACCGCACAUUAUUAUCGAAACAAAUGACAAUCUUCCUUCGAACAAAAUAGGACAAAGGAUUGCAUUAAACAUAGAAAAUAUUUGUCCUCUUUGUGUCUCGUUAUAAAAUAUUCGCUUUUCCUUUGCGUCGAUGUUCACUAAUUCCAAAAUCAUCUAGCUAGUGCGCACCUAUCAAACAAAAAGAAAAAUGACAAGAAAAACCAAAAAUUUCGUGGACACGAGGAAAUUAAUGAUUUCUUAAUACAUUAUGUUUCAGUAUAUAUUCAGUAUAUCACUGAUAUUAAUGAAUCGAUAGCGUUUAGAAUAAUACACGAAUGAUACAUCGUUAAAUAUGGGCUGUGGUAAAAGAAUUUUAUGAACUUAAUAUACAGAGUGUCCAGUAAUAAAGAUACAUAUCAUAAUACAUCGUGAGAAGUUAGAACAUGGAUAGAGUUGGAUAUCAAAAGUCCUGUAUCGUUUUGUAAUCUUCGUAACAAUUAUCGAGAAAUUGAAGAAACUUGGCACACUGAGAUGAUAGGCAAAAUGCUAUAGGCGGUAGCCAUUACCCAGCCGCUAGCGUAAAUGCCGUUCUUUCCUGAUAUCGAAGAUCGCAAUUCAAUAUACGGCUUUUUUAUCAAUUUCAACUCGUUCUACCUCCUCACGAGCGAUGUCUUCAUUACUGGACAUCCUAUAUAUCUAUGUAUGAAAUAUGAUCUUCUCUCGUUUAUUCUCGUCGUAAGAAGCAGAAAUCGCAUUACGCAUCUAUCUUUCAAGUGUGUGAAAGUUACUGUUCUACCAUUUCGUCACACAACGAUUACUUUGCACAAAGUGUACCUAAUUGUGUGUAACUGUGAAUGUGUGCGUGCGUAUGGAUGUCCGAUAAUGACGGUAUUACCGCUCGUGAAUGAAUAGCGAGUGGAUUGAGUUAAAUAAAAAUAUCUGUUAUUUUGCGAUUUUGGCAGUAAUUAUUAUGCAAAACGCUCUUAAGCACGGCAGCGAUCGUAUUAGAAAAAAGUUUACUCGCUCGUUGCUAGAUAAUAAGGCCGCUCGCUUAUUUGCUAACGUGGUUUAACUUCUUUAAUUUAUUUUUCGACAAUUGUUGCAAAAAUCAAUCGCCAAACAAUAGGUUUUAUUAUUAUUGAACGUACUUCGCUCACUUGCUCGCGAGCGGCACUCUCCAUUACUGGACACCCUCUAUAUAUGUACGUAUAAACGCGCGUGUGUAAAAUUAUACUCUCUGAUGGUAGGAUAUAUCGUAUCUGUCGUAUAUAUUAAGCUAUGUAAGCUCCGACUGUGUGUAUAAUGUGAUGAUGCUGCUUCGAAAGUUUUUCAGAAGAAAUCCUCAAAUUUCGAGAUUUCUCCACUUUUGUUAAUUUGUGCAAUCCACUUUAUCUAAAUAGAUUUACAUACCCGUAUAAAAUCACACCACAUGUACGCACGGAACUGCAAGCUGCAUGUAUUUAUCAAAGAAAUCUAAAGAUAAAAUUUUGAAAAAUGAAGAUAUAAUUUUUAUUAAUACGGUUAUCAUAUUCAGUUUUGAGAAUAAUUUUUUCAUUCAGACAAAAAAUUUCCUAAAACAAGGAAGAAAAUCAAUUUUUCCAUUUUAAAAUAUGUGGCAUCACAGAUGUUUUUUAUACAUCUUGUGAAAAGAUAUACACAAUGUAUCUUUGACUGGAUUUCUGUGUGUACGUACUUAUACAGGUAUGUAAAUUUGUUUGAUCGUGCUGAUCUUCUGUGAACUAAUCGAAGCAGCGCACGAGUAAAUGUUUAUAUUAAUCGCGUAGUCUUAGUUCGCUAGUUGAAACGAGAAAAUAAUGUUUUACAAUUAGAAGAUUCUCGCUUAACCAAUGGUAUCUUAUUUGAACACUUAAAACAAGAUGCAGUGGUUCAAGUGUAAUUUGAGAAACGUGAACCAUUCUAUGCGCUCAGUCGCGAUACACAGAUAAGAGUAGUCACAAAAAAUUAAUUCCCAUUUCCUCUUUCAAAUGUAUAAUGGUGUUAAUUUUUUAAAAUAUAAAGUUUUGUAACAACUUUUCUCAAGUUCUACAAAGAUUUCACAUGAAUAACAUUUCGUGCAAGUGUUUAAGGCUUAAUAAAGCACACAAUUUAUCAUACAUUUAUCAUACAUUUAUCAUACAUUUAGAUUGAUAAUUGUAUCAAUAUCUUUGUAAUAAAAACCGCGAACUGCAGGUUUGAUGCUACAUUGACAUCAUUUUGACUAGACUGUUUUCACUGGGUUAUGCUUAUUGAUCGAAAAAGAUUUUUAUUUAAAUUAAUGAAAAUUAUUGAAAAUUUCUUCAAAGUGAGAAUUUCUCGAUAUGAGAUAGGAUUCUCGAUCAGCUAGAAAUUUCAACAUUUGUUUCUACAUGUAUUGCGCUUGUUUCAACCAUGGUACCUUUUUAUGAAUCCUUAAACGCUGACGCGUAUCUCAUAACAUAUAAGUUCUGAAUUAGACAAGUCGGAGUGACUAGUAUGAUUUGUGUAACGCGAAGUUCGGCAUACAAACCCACGUUUUCACAACAAUGUAGUUGUAAGUAUAUAUAUAAACCUGAGCUUAAUGUAUUCUCUCAAAUGGAACUCCUGUUUGUACUUUACUAGUUUAUUAAACGGCCGUCGCGAUAGAUUCCAUUAUAGAAGAAAGUUGGAAGAGGGAAGGCACAUUAUUAUCGCAUAGACGCGCGCACGUGUAAUAUACAAUGAACUCUAUAAACAAACUGGAAUGUGAGCAAAUGGAGAUGCCUCAAUAACUUUGAGCCGAGAAAGCGAUAAGGUAAUGAUGUUUAUCCUUUCACGUAUUAAUUGAAAUGUAUAUCAUGUUAAAUCUGUAUCAGAUUAUGCAUUGAAGAUUAUUGAAAGUGUCAAGUGUGGAGAAGCUUGGGACCCUGAUCCCAAGGGGGACAUUGCUACAUUUUAAACGGGCAAAUUCCAAGUUUUAAAUCGUAAUCGCAAAAUAAUGCAUGAUCUAAUACGGGUAUCUAAUAAAUAUCUUCUAACGUUCUUUCUCAAAAAGAUUGAAAAAAAGGUUCUUGUAAGACGAGACAAAGUAGAUGGCCAUAGUUCACAUUUCAGUACAUGUGCUUUUGCUUUAAGAGACAUUUAGUAACUCUAAUAAAUUUUAAAGCGUUGCGAGCGUAAUAUAAACAACUUAAAAUCGGUAAAACUGAAUACAUGUUUUCUUUUUUUGGUUUUUUUUUUUUUUCCGAACACAUUACGACGACUUAAUAAAUAUAUGUUUUACUCAAAGUGUCGUUCCUACGUAAACUUGUUUGUUCUUAUUAAUUAUAAAUAAAUGGUAUCUCUUUCAUGUUCA